AUGCUUCGUCCAGUCUUUCAUGUUACACGGCGCGCUCUCAGCUAUCGUGCUCUCAACGAACGAGGCACUGAGUUUUUGAAAACUCGCGUGGGUCGAUAUGUGAAGCUCGGGAUCCUUGGCGGAACCAUCGUUCUUUACCCGAUUGGCUUGUUGAUAGCUGACGGGCCAUUGGUGAAGUUUACGUUUCCAUGGCGCUAUCCUUGCGAACCGGUCCCUGCGCAAUUUGAACGGUUAUUGGACGAGGAAUACGCGCUGUUUCUGUUAGGGCAAGGCCGAAAACCUGAAGAUGCGGUCAACAAUUUUCAUUUGCUGACUGAUGCUGAAAAGCAAGAUUCGGUCGCCCGUGGGUCACUCGGGGUUAGAACCGGGCUGGAAGUGGCUCUGCCGUUUUUCUUCACUUACUAUAAUGCUGCGGAUGCGCUUUGUGACUUGAGACAGCGGUUCCCGAAGUCGCUUCCGCAAUUUGGCGAAAACAUUGAAAUCGACUGGGAUUCGCGCCUUGGCAAGAUGCUCGCUGAGACUUUUGUUCUAAGUGACGAGGCACGCCGGUUUCUUGUACAGCGUGACUUGCUAGCCCAUGAUGGGUACGCCGCGCUUGGCCAACGGUCCCUGACCUAUGCCACUUUCACGGCCUUCAGUGGUCUACUUGUCUAUGCUUUCCAUUCGAUGUCUAAUCUCUUCAAGGGAUCGUUUACUUCAUUUGUGGUUUUCUACUGUCUCUUCACAGCCGCCGCUAUUUAUGGAAGCCAUCAUUGGCACUUGUUAUAUAGGUACAUUACGGACAUUCACGCAGAUUCUACCUCGGCCCGUUUAUCAUCUUCCCAUUCUGCUGGCGGCCGGGAAUACUAUUACAAAUGGUUGAAGAGGAAUAGGAUUCUUCGCGAGCUUUGCGAUCCGCUCUACACGAAAGUGACAUGGUCUGGAGAUGUUCGAGGCAUCCCAACGAAGAUUGUGACUAGAUAUGAUCUCCUAAAAGACGCGGAUGAAGAUGAUGUCGAAUUGAGUGACGUCGUCGGUGGUGACUUC